AAAUACUUUGUAUGACUGUUGGUUGCUGCGAUAUAGUACGUUCGCUCCCAUUAAGCUCGAUUGGCAGAUAGGAGACUGAUAUCUAGAGGUUGGAACUUGAUGUCAUGACUAACACGAGUCGCAUUGGUUGUAGGUCAAAGUGGUACUGCUUGAAUGGCUUCCAUGGGUGCUACGUAUGAAGAGGCCUGGUAGGAAGAUCACAUGGAAAACCAUAACAAACAACCGUAAGAUGCGGGAAAUGGAGCGGAAAAAUAAAAGUAGCAAGAGCCUCAUUGCAAACGUUCUUGAUAUGAACGACGAUUAUCGAUUGAAGCCUACUGUCUCUAGUGUCAGCUCAACUUAUACUCGCACCUCGGGUCAUGACACACCUCGCAGACCGACCACCGUCGAGGAGACCACUAUCGGUAUGCCCUACAAUGGGACUUCUUGCCACUACAGUGAGCUCAAGACCAUACUAGGCGAAUUGCAGUUUAUUACUAAACGCAUGAAAAAAGCCGAUUGGGAAAAUGAGGUCAUCAGUGAUUGGAAGUUUGCUGCCAUGGCUGUUGACAGGCUGUGUCUGAUUGUAUUCACACUAUUCACGCUGAUUGCAACGAUAGCAGUUCUCUUAUCAGCGCCACAUAUAAUCGUCCAGUAG